AUGGGCUUCAUCAAGCUACUUCGACAUAGUGGUCUGCACACUGCAUCCACUUUGUUUGCAGACAUAUUUGGUUUCGAAGGUGUUCAUUAUCUUGUUCCCAAAGCCUGCACUGAAAGUAAGGUUUUUGGUUUUUGGUUCGAUAGGAAGGUGCUAGCCAGACUUAGCAUCAUGAAAUAUCUUUAUAAUCUCUUCUUUUUCUUCUUCUUUUAUGCUUUGUUCUUUUGUUCAUUCACGGAUAGUUCACAUGUUGGCUACGGUUACAGACUCCAAUCAGUGGUACAUGAUUCUGCCAGUAAAUCUUUGAUUGCUAAACUUCAACUUAUUCGUCCUUCGCCGAUCUAUGGUCCUGAUGUGAAGAAUCUCCAUUUUUUUGCAAGCUUCGAAACGAAUGAUCGCCUGCGAGUUCGCAUCACCGACUCCGAUCGCCGGCGAUGGGAGAUCCCGCCGGAGAUCAUCCGCCGCAAAGCGCCCAAUGUUGUCCUUCGAUCACCAACAGAGACCCUACUCCUCUCCUCCGGCGACUCCGAUCUCAUUCUCACCCUUCGCCGCAGCUCCCCCUUCACCUUCUUCAUCUCCCGCCGAUCCAGCGGCGAUGUACUCUUCGACACUGCCGUCCCCUCCAUCACCCCCGGCAUCGUCUUCAAGGACCAGUACCUGGAGCUCUCCUCCUCCCUUCCCGGCGACCGCUCCUCCAUCUACGGCCUCGGGGAGCACACUAAAGAGACCUUCCAGCUAUCCCACAAUGAUACCUUCACGUUGUGGAACGCCGACAUCGGAUCGGCAAACCUCAAUCUCAAUCUCUACGGCAGCCAUCCCUUCUACAUGGAUCUCAGAUCCUCGCCGCCGGGAACCACCCAUGGCGUCCUUCUCCUCAACAGCAACGGCAUGGACAUCAACUAUGCCGGAUCUUACAUCACGUACAAGGUCAUCGGUGGAGUUCUCGACUUCUACUUCUUCGCCGGCCCAACGCCAUUAUCGGUGAUCGAGCAGUACACUGAUCUCAUCGGCCGGCCAGCGCCGAUGCCAUACUGGUCAUUUGGCUUUCACCAAUGCCGAUGGGGAUACAAGAACGUCAGUGAUCUUGAAUCCGUUGUUGCCGGGUACGCCAAAGCUGGGAUCCCUCUGGAGGUCAUGUGGACGGACAUUGACUAUAUGGAUGCAUCCAAAGACUUCACUCUCGAUCCAGUGAACUUCCCGCUGGAGAAGAUGAUCAAAUUUGUGAAUCAACUGCAUGAAAAUGGGCAAAGGUAUGUAGCAAUCAUUGAUCCAGGUAUCAGCACCAACAAAAGCUAUCCAACCUUCCUGAGAGGAUUGAAAGCUGAUGUUUUUUUGAAAAGAAAUGGAGUGAAUUAUCUUGGAAGUGUUUGGCCUGGUGAUGUUUAUUUCCCUGACUUUUGGAAUCCAAAAGCUGCAACUUUUUGGUCUAAAGAGAUUGAAAUUUUCAGGAAGAUGAUUCCUAUUGAUGGAUUAUGGAUUGAUAUGAAUGAAAUUUCUAAUUUCAUUGAUCCUUUGCCGGAGAAUGAAUUGGAUGAUCCUCCUUAUAAGAUUAACAACUCAGGAGUUCAGAGACCAUUGAGUAAUAAAACUGUGCCAGCUUCUUCUAUUCACUAUGGGAAUUUGACAGAGUAUGAUGUGCAUAAUCUUUAUGGAUUCUUGGAGUCGAAGACGACGCAUGAUGCAUUGGUGAAGGAUACUGGCAAGAGAGCGUUUGUGUUGAGUAGGUCUACUUUUGUUGGGUCAGGGAAGUAUACCGCGCAUUGGACCGGAGACAAUGCAGCUACUUGGAAUGAUCUUGCUUAUUCAAUUCCAACCAUGCUUAGCUUUGGCUUGUUCGGGAUUCCUAUGGUUGGAGCUGAUAUUUGUGGCUUUAGCGGAAGUACCAGUGAAGAGCUUUGCAGGCGUUGGAUUCAGCUGGGAGCAUUCUAUCCUUUUGCGAGGAAUCAUUACGAUAUGAACUCAGCCAGGCAAGAGCUCUAUCUGUGGGACUCUGUCUCCCUGUCGGCGCGGAAGGCGCUCGGGCUCCGGUACCGCUUGCUUCCCUACUUUUACACUCUAAUGCACGAAGCACAUUCAAAGGGGAGCCCCAUAGCAAGGCCUCUCUUCUUCUCAUUCCCAGAGGACAAAGAGACUUAUGGGAUUAAUGCUCAGUUUCUUAUUGGAGAAGGAGUCAUGGUAUCGCCGGUGAUGGCACCGGGGGAGGUGUCCGUGAAUGCUUACUUCCCCAAAGGAAAAUGGUUCAAUCUAUUUAACUAUUCUCACGUUGUGGUGGCCAGUUCCGGGAGGUAUGUAACUCUUGAUGCUCCAGAGGACACUAUCAACGUACAUGUCAAGGGAGGGCACAUACUUGUGAUGCAAGAAGCAGGGAUGUUGACAAAGGCUGGAUCACAUAAUAGGUUCCAGCUUCUAGUGGUUCUUGAUGAUAAUGGAAAGGCGGAAGGCAAAGUUUUUGUGGAUGAUGGAGAGGUGGUGGAGAUGGGAGGGGAGGAUCUGAGCCAAUGGAGUUUAGUGAGGUUCAGUGCUGGUCUUGAAGGUGGUGAACUGAAGCUCAAGUCAGAGGUGAUUAAUGGGACAUAUGCAUCAGAUAAGAAGAUUAGGGUGAAGAAUGUGGUUGUGCUUGGGUUGAAACAUGAGGGUGCUGUUAAUGGAGUCUUGAAGAGGAAUAUUGGUGGAGUUAAUAUUAUUGAUAAAGAUGUAGUGUUUGGAGUUGCAGAGAUUGAUGGCUUGUCAUUGAUGCUUGGAGAGCCUUUUGAAUUGAAGGUCACAAUUGCAGCUUUAAUUUGAAUGUCUGAGGACUAUAUUAAGUCAUGAAAUCUCUCCAGCUUGCUGCAAUUCUAUUUCACAUCAUGAAUAAUGUUUGGUGAUUACUGUUCUCUAAAUUAUAUGACUUUAAUAUAUUGAGAAUACAUUGGUUA